GGCCUACGCCUACGGAGUACUUCAAAGCUCGCAACACUCUCAACCCACCGACUGGCACUCGCCCUCUCCCGCCACACAGAGUAUCGUAAUUACCUCUACUUCACACAAAGUUUCUCUACUCGUGUAUUUGGAUCUUUCGAUCAGAACACUUGGUUAAUCGGUUCAUUCCGUUCCUGUUUUAUUUAUUUAUUUUCUUUUUCCGUUGCGAAAGGUUUCAGAUUCAACCUUUUCUGCCAGGAGCUGUUUGCCGCUAUUAUUUCUUCGAGCGACAAAUUGCUGUGUGCCUCACGUUAUAUGUGUGAUAGGUGCACCUCGGCAUACUUUUACGUUUCGUGCUAUAUGCGAGCGCGACCAUCAAUUUAUCUUUCUCAUUUGAUGUGUUUUCGUUCUUGAGAUCUUCCCAUCUCUGCCGCGAGCAAGUAAAAUUGUUUUCUCGUAUCAUCGCUUAUUAUGCCUCCAAUACGCACUACGCCGGCUGCAAAGGCCGUCAAGACCGAGAGAACUCAUGAAGAGAAUCAAGAGAGGGCUUAUAUUGCCGCUUCUCGACGUAGCGACCGAAGCCUUGAGGCUCGUGUUGAGUCUGCCCGCCGUGCUUCCGAAAUACACAAGCGACGAACCGGUCGUUCGCUGCGUGUCACCGAACAGGAUGUGGUCAACGAAGAAAUGUAUGAGGAAGAAGACGACGGGUUUCCGUCUCAAUAUCGGCGCUUGACUGCGCAUUUGCAGACAAGCUCCACCGAUUUCAAUCGUCGCCUGGCUGCCUAUCUCACCAACCACGUUGCGAUGAGGACAGCUCUUGAGCAAGCCGUCAGCCAGUCCUAUGCGCAGCACUAUCCCAAGGCUCCAAAUUUUCCGCAUAAUAAUCAACCCACGUAUCCCUCUCCGAUGAUGUACCCUCCGUACUGGCAAGGUUUCAAUCCCUCAUACCAACCAGCGCCUCCUAAUCCAGCUGUACCAGUCGCUGGAUACCCCCAUCAACAGCCUGCAGGUCGCUCCAGCUCUAUUGCCAACCCACAAUCAGCAGCGGCAUCUCAUCCUCCGACACCUGUGCUUGAUCCGUCGGACAGCCGUCGUAUGUCUAUGCCCGCGCAGUUUACUUCUUCCGCGGCGACAACGCCCCGGCCUGUUCCCACCCAAGUACCCACUCCAGCUUCGAUUCAGUCGCCCAAGUCGGAGCCUCAGCACACACCGUCCCAGCACCCGAUGUUACCGCAGUACGGUGUUCCAUAUCCUUUUGGGAAUGUUGAUGCGGCCAACGACUAUGGCCCGUUUACCCCAACUUUGCCUGCAGAGUCUCAGUUUAUGCUCGGCCCUGCCUUUGGUCCAGCUGAUCCGUACUCGGCCAUGCUUAUGGGUGGGUCUGCCUAUAUGCAGCAACCCUCUUACGGCUUCCCACCGCCGGUAGGCACCAACAUGAAGGCACACUCCGAGAAUGUUACUGCAACGCUCGCACCCAGCGAUCUCACUCUGUCAUCGGCAUCCGACCAAGCGCAACUAUCUGAUUCAUCCAACACAGAAUCUUUGCCUACACCACUUCACCUCGGAUUGGACACUAGUGGCGGCGAUUUUUCCGUGCCCUCCAAAGCUCCGCCGACUUUGGGCGGUGAGCAAGUAAGCAUGGGCUCGGGUACGCCAGGCAUUGAAAAGGAAUGGACAUCAUUCAUUGACGAUCACAACUGGGAAGAGACGAUAUCAUGAUGAAAUUUCCUCUUGGUUGAAUCGUAUGAAGACGCUGAAACAUGCGUUUUCCCUUUUAUUGUUGCUUUCUUCACGUGGUGUAUUGGGCGACGGAGCUUUUGCUGUCGGUGGCGUUUUUAGAGAUACCAUUACGGUUACGAACGAAUAGUUGUAACGAUCGGGGCAAGGUUUCAGGCAACAGUGUUCAAUCUUGCUUGCUUUCUUUCUUAGUUUUUCUUUGUCUCAAUCUUUUUCUUCUUCUGAAACUCACCAGCGCGAUGUGUUGCGGUGUUUCGAGCGGUUCUGACUUUGGGAAACCCGACC